CCACAUCUUGUUUUAUCUUUAAAUUCAGAGAAAGCCACGUUGGUAAGAUCCGGUCUCGAAGCAUCAAAAGAUGAAAAGGCUGCGGAGGCACAUCCCUGAAGAAAUCGUAAUUCUUAUACUCCAAAGACUCCCCCCCAAGUCUCUGCUUAGGUUCAGGUGCGUGCAAAAAUCGUGGUAUCAUCUUAUACAGAGUCCUUGGUUUAUCACUGCUCACGCAAAUUGUCAAAAGAAAUAUCUUCUGGUUGGAUCAAAUCAUUCCCGGUGGUCUUAUUUUAACUCUUUCUCUUUGUCAUUGCGUUUUGAUGAGGCACAGUGCAAAGAAUACUAUAGAAUACAUCAACAGAGUGAAGAAUACUAUAGGAUACAUCCAGAGGAGGAUCACAGGUUCUUGUCAAAGGUACAGUGGUAUGCUGCAUCACAUGGUUUGAUAUGUUAUACAUGCGCGUAUUUGGAAGACGAGUUUGGUGUUUUUUUAUGGAAUCCGGCUAUUAGAAAAAUAAAAAUUCUUCCUGAUCCUCCCCAGCGUGGUGGUGCUACCGCAUGGCUUACACUAGCAUUCGGAUUUAGUCAAAAAGCUAAUGAUUUCAAAGUUGUAAAGAUAUUAGACAACUACCAGACCAUUGUGGUUGAGGUUUAUAGUUUGAACACACAUUCUUGGAAAACAAUUAGUAAUGAUAAUCUCAUUCGGACUUAUAGGUUGUCUGAAAACAAUUGGGUGUUUCUAAAUGGUACGGCAUAUAUUUUUGGUUCAAGCCGGAAAGAUUUUCAACCUAUAAUAGUGUCCUAUGACACAGAUAGCGACAUAAUGAGUGAGAUUUCAACACCACAUACCUGGGAAACUCAUUUCUUUCAUAUUCAUAGAUCUAUUCGCGUACUUAAUGAUUCACUCGUUAUUUUUACUGGGAAUCCAGAUGAGUGUAGUUUUAACAUGUGGGUAUUACAACAAGGCAGCGACACAAACAAGUUUUUCUGGGAGAAGAAGAUUAAUGUUGAUUUGGGUGGACUUAAUAGUUCUUGCUGGGAUGUCUUUGCUCUACGAAGCAAUGGGGAAUUAGUGUUACGUGAAUCGUCUGAAAAUGAAUUGGUUUCAUAUGAUGCCGAGAAGGAUGAGGAAAAGGAUUUUGCAGACUCAUGGGAUCAGUGGUUUGAAUCUGGUAGAAAGCUACCUUUGUGGAUAGAUUCUUUUUCGGAGAGUCUAGUUCUUAUUAACACUUAAAUGAUGUGUAGAUUGGAGAUGCUAUCUUAAUGAUCGUGGAGUGAAU